GCUUCGCUGUGUGCCUCGGCGGGGAAGAGGUUAACCGAGGAGGCCGGGAGGGGCGGAGCUCCCGACUGGCCCCACCCCCAUUCGGCCGUGGAGCUGCGGACGCGAAGGAGACCCGCCUCCUCCGGCGGGCACGCGCGUGAGUCGCCCCACGUCGCUGCCGCGGCCCAAGAGGUGCCACCGCCACUGCCUGGCCUGCUGCGUCCUCGGAGCAGGAGGAAGAUCCCAGCAGGAAUCGGCCUUUGAGCCUCAGAGCGUGCAGCGAGACCCCUGGCUGUCCAAAUGGCUUCCAAAAGAGCCCUGGUGAUUCUGGCCAAAGGAGCCGAGGAGAUGGAGACGGUGAUUCCCACGGACGUCAUGCGAAGGGCCAAUAUUCACGUGACAGUGGCGGGCCUGGCUGGGAAAGACCCCGUGCAGUGCAGCCGGGAUGUCGUCAUUUGUCCAGAUAAGAGCCUGGAGGAUGCCCGAAAGCAGGGGCCCUACGAUGUGGUGGUCUUGCCAGGAGGGAACCUGGGAGCCCAAAACCUGUCCGAGUCGCCUGCUGUGAGGGACGUCUUGAAGGACCAGGAUGGCCGGAAAGGGCUGAUUGCAGCCAUCUGUGCAGGCCCCACUGCUUUGCUGGCCCACGGAAUAGGGUUUGGAAGCAAAGUGACCACACAUCCCCUGGCCAAAGACAAGAUGAUGAACGGAGGUCACUACACGUACUCCGAGAGCCGCGUGGAGAAGGACGGCCACAUCCUCACCAGCCGGGGGCCGGGCACCAGCUUUGAGUUCGGCCUGGCGAUUGUGGAGGCGUUGCUGGGGAAGGAGGCGGCCGAGCAGGUGAAGGUGCCCCUCGUCCUGAAAGAUUAGGGCCGCUGCCCGCAGCAGGUCUGCCCACCUGAGCCACAACACAGGCCUGGUUUGCUCACUCCCCUUCAGCACCGCAGUCGUGAGGAUGACCUAGAACCCGGGACCGGGUUGGGUCCCAGUAGCCUUCCUGUUACUUCUUGUUUGCCUUCAAUAAAGAGGAGCUCUCUGGAUGAGUGCUGGGUGGCGACUA